AUGGCCGACUCCUACUACGAAGAACAGCCCAUCUCCCCCUCACAGAACGCCGACCAGCUCUCCGCCAACGGCUAUGGCGACGAGAGUCUCGCAUCUCCCGCAGCCAGUGGUCCCAUUUCGCCCAAUGGCUACCCCGAGGAACCAUCCCCUGUUGCCGCUGCUCCCGCGAGGAAGAAACUGUCCAGCUGGGUUGGUUUCAGCAACUUGCCCAACCAGGUGCACAGACGGAGUGUCAAGCGAGGAUUCCAGUUUGUAGCCAUGGUCGUUGGUGAAUCCGGUCUCGGUAAAUCAACCCUGAUCAACACCCUCUUCGAAACAAAACUCUACCAGCCCAAGCAGAUUGCCGCACCUGGGACUGACAGGGGAAAGACCGUCAACAUUGAGAGCAUCUCUGCUGAAAUUGAAGAGAAUGGCGUGAGGCUCAAGUUGACUGUGGUCGACACACCAGGUUUUGGUGACUUUGUCAACAAUGACGAGAGCUGGAAACCUAUCGUUGAGAACAUUGAGGGUCGAUUUGAUGCCUACCUCGAGCAGGAGAACCGCGUGAACCGAUCAAAGCUCACUGACAACCGAGUCCAUGCCUGUCUCUAUUUCAUCCAACCCACAGGUCACUCUCUCAAGCCUAUCGAUAUCGAGUUCAUGAGGCGCCUGCAUACCAAGGUCAACCUCAUUCCCGUCAUUGCCAAGGCCGAUACCAUGACCGAUGACGAGAUUGCUGCCUUCAAGCAAAGAAUCCUCGCGGACAUUGUGCACCACAACAUUGACAUCUUCCAGCCCUUCCAGUACGAGAAUGAAGAUGAGGAGACCAUCCAGGAGAACGAGGAGAUCGUUAGCAAGGUCCCCUUCGCCGUCGUCGGUUCCGACUCUCUCGUCCAAGCUCCCGAUGGCCGUCAAGUCCGAGGCCGAGCUUACCCCUGGGGUAUCAUCGAAGUCGACAACGAGGAGCACUGCGACUUUGUCAAGCUCCGUCAGAUGCUUGUGAGGACUCAUAUGGAGGAGUUGAGGGAGCACACCAACGACGUGCUGUAUGAGAAUUACCGAACGGACAAGCUUAGGGCUAUGGGUGUUCAGCAGGAUGAGAGCGUUUUCAAGGAGACCAACCCUGCUGCCAAGCAAGCCGAGGAACGAGCUCUCCACGAGGCCAAACUCGCCAAGAUGGAGGCCGAGAUGAAGAUUGUCUUCCAGCAAAAGGUGCAGGAGAAGGAGUCCAAGCUCAAGCAGUCUGAAGAGGAGCUCUACGCCCGUCACAGGGAGAUGAAGGAUGCUCUGGAGAAGCAGAGGCAGGAGCUGGAUGAUAAGAAGAGAAGGAUUGAGAGUGGUCGACCUUUGACCCCUGAAAAAGGAUCACAGAAGAAGCGUUUCGGCCUCGGCAAGUAG